CUAAACAUUUCACAGAUCUAAGAUAAACCCAAAUUCAGAACCCUAACCCAGCGCUCGCACAGAUCAAAUCGCUUCGCAUUCUCGCCCUAUUACGCCAUGAAAAUUCGAUCUCUAAAGCUCAGAGAAGCACACAAGAAUGCCCAAAAUGGGGUCGGCUCAUUCUGCUCCCUACUCUGGGACGCUGAAGCUCGACAUCUCGUCACAGCUUCAUCUUCCGACCCCUCAAUUCUCAUCCACGAUCCUCUUCUCCCCUCCAACACUCCCAAGACUCUACGCCACCACCGCGACGGGGUCACUGGCUUGGCUCUCAGCCCCAACUCCACCUGCCUCGCUUCCGGAUCUAUUGAUCACUCUGUCAAGCUCUACAAGUUUCCGGGUGGAGAGUUUCAGACCAACAUAACCAGAUUUACAUUACCAAUUCGUGCCCUUGCUUUUAAUAAAUCUGGUAGCAUGCUGGCUGCUGCUGGUGAUGAUGAUGGCAUUAAACUUAUCAAUACAGUUGAUGGUUCAAUUGCAAGGGUUCUUAAAGGACAUAAAGGGCCUGUUACUGGCUUGGCAUUUGAUCCUAAUGGCGAAUACUUGGCAUCCACUGAUUCAAUUGGGACUGUCAUAUUUUGGGAGCUUCAUUCUGGAACAACAUUACAUAUCCUUAAAGGCAUAGCUCCUGACACUGGUUCAGAUGUUUCUGUCAUGAAUGUGCUUAGCUGGAGUCCUGAUGCAGAGACUUUAGCCGUCCCUGGUCUGAGAAAUGAUGUAGUUAUGUAUGAUAGAGACACAGCUGAAAAACUGUUUUCACUAAAAGGUGAUCAUGUACAACCUAUAUGUUUCAUGUCUUGGUCACCUAAUGGGAAAUACAUGGCCACUUCUAGUUUGGAUAGACAAGUUUUAAUCUGGGAUGUAGAUCAGAGGCAGGAUAUUGAUAGGCAGAAAUUUGAUGAUAGAAUAUGUUGUAUGGCAUGGAAGCCAAUUGGGAAUGCAUUAGCUGUCAUUGAUGUGAUGGGAAAAUAUGGUGUGUGGGAAUCAGCUGUUCCUUCUUCAAUGAAAUCCCCUACAGAAGACGUACCGAGUUUGCAAUCAAGAAACAGUAAUGGUCUCCUGUUGUUUGACGAGGAGAAACAAGAGCCUAGCACAUCUGGAAGUUUAAGUGAUGUUGGUGAAGAUAGCUAUGGUGAAUCUGAACCACCAAGUAGGAAAAGACUGAAGAAACGGCCUGCAAAAGAUGAAGAUUUGGAUGAAGAGAUUAGUGAUGAUUUGAGGUUGCUUCCAAAGGCUGAAUCUCGUAAACGAGCUUCUCAUGGUCACAAGGAAAGCUUGGAUAAUGGGAAUGACAAACAAAGAAGUGUAAGUGUAACGGCUAGGCCUUACAUGCAGGAGGCUUUUCAGCCUGGUGCGACUCCUAUACAAACUGGAACACGGCGCUUUUUGUGCUACAAUAUGCUUGGAAGUAUUACAACAAUUGAACAUGAUGGAUACUCUCAUAUAGAGAUAGAUUUCCAUGAUACUGGUAGAGGCCCACGAGUUCCAUCAAUGACUGAUUAUUUUGGUUUCACAAUGGCUUCAUUAAACGAGAAUGGAAGUGUCUUUGCAAACCCGUGCAAGGGUGAGAAAAACAUGAGUACCCUCAUGUAUCGUCCAUUCAGUAGUUGGGCAAACAACAGUGAGUGGUCUAUGCGGUUUGAAGAAGAAGAAGUGAAGGUUGUGGCACUUUGUUCUGGUUGGGUGUCUGCUAUUACAAGUCUUAAUUUUCUUCGUGUCUUCACCGAGGGUGGCUUGCAGAGAUAUGUCAUCUCCCUUGAUGGGCCCGUGGUUACUGCAUCAGGUUUCAAAGAUGAACUAGCUGUUGUUACUCAUGCUUCUCAAAGUCUCCCUUCAAAUGAUCAGAUGCUAGAGUUUAGAGUGUAUAACUUCUGUAAUGGGACCCAGUCCCACAGAGGACGUCUUCCAUUGAGCCCUGGUUCUUGUCUAAUGUGGUUUGGGUUCAGUGAAGAAGGCCAACUAAGUUCUUAUGAUUCCAAGGGCGUGCUCAGAGUAUUUACAAACCAAUUUGGUGGCAGUUGGCUUCCACUCUUCAGUGCUAAUAAAGAGAAAAAGAUGGAAGAGAAGUAUUGGGUGGUUGGAUUAAACACAAGCAAGUUGUUUUGUGUUGUUUGCAAGUCUCCUGAUAUAUACCCACGGGUGACACCCAAACCAGUCCUUUCCCUGCUAGAUCUCUCUUUUCCUCUUGCAUCCUCUGACCUGGGGGCUGAAGGUCUUGAAAAUGAGUUUAUACUGAACAACAUGCAUCUCUCAAAGAUUCAGAAACUAAGUGAAGAAAUGGCUGCUGCUGGUCUGGACACUACUUCACUUGAUGAUGAGGCCUUCAAUAUAGAAGCCACUCUAGACAGAUGCAUAUUGAGGCUUAUUGCAUCCUGCUGCAAUGGUGAUAAGCUUGUGAGGGCCACUGAACUUGGUAAACUUUUAUCAUUGGAGAAAUCAGUCAAGGGUGCAAUAAAGCUUGCUACUGCCCUGAAGCUUCCAAAUUUGGCUGAGCGAUUCAGUAGUAUAUUGGAGGAAAGAAUGCUCAAUGAGACUAUAGGAGUUGAAGCCAUUCAACCCACGAUCUCAAACUGCGGUACAUCCAUCAGAUCUGAUGUCAACAGCAAGAACUCCCAGUUGCCUGAAUACAGUAAAACAUCUGAACCUCUUACUCCGUUAUUCUCACCAAAAUUGUCCACCCCUAUGUUUGUUAAGAAAGGGAAAUCACAAGUGGCUGAAGAUGGUAAGGAGAAAACAGAACAAAAGCAAACUGAAAAUGUGGUGAACAGAGAGGUACAGAAUUUGGGAGUGGUGAAGAGCUCUGGUGAGGCAAACAGUGUAACAGACGUGAAAGUAGGUGAGGUAUGUCAUGUACAAAAUCAUCGCCCAUCUAAUCCAUUUGCCAAGUCAUCAAACAAUCAGGAGAAGUCUUCUUUGUUUGAUUCCAUUAAGAAGAUGAAAAAGAUUGACAACACAAGUAAGAGAUGAAGGAAUUAUGUCGGCCUUAUAUGAGUAGACUUAAGAGGCCGAGCAAAGCCGUUUAUUUAUUUAUUUGGUUCUGUGGAUGCAAAUUGCAAUGUAGAUCACAAGGAGCCAGAUAAUUAUGUAACAAGUCAUUCUCAUGUAAUUAUAUAUUUAGUCAAUAUAAAAUUUUCUCAUUGAUCUCUUUAAA